UGAUAACUGUUGAAUAAUUGCUUUUUUAAUCCUGAAUGUUUUAUCCACAGUUCCCUAUAAAGGCUGAUGUAGUUUUGAAUGUGCAAUACCCAACACUACAGCCACACAUAUAAUGCACCAACCCAUGCCUGUUUAGCCUUUAUUGUACUAUACUGUCAUCAUCAAAGUCACCCCACUGCAGAGAACUGGGGCAGCUAUUUCAAGCAGAACACAACCAUUAAGCAUGUAAAUAUACUGUAAUGUAUCAAUGUAUUAUCUUGUUUUCUAUGUAUGUGAAAUGAUAGUCAGCACAAACUCACAAAAAUGACAGUGUGCAACAUGGCUGCAAUGCUCUCCAGUUUUACUGUUGUGUAUGAAAUGUCUGCCGAGGUCCUGUUGGUAUUUGAGGCUGCUGGCUGGUCAUGUGUAUGGUCCCUGCUCUGGUAGGUAACAUGUUUCCCCUUUACAAUACCAGUAGUUGAACAGAGAAUGAAGGUUCUUAACAUAAUGUCUCCCCAGCUCAAGUUAGUAGUUUCCUGGUGAGUUGACCCUUCCUGGAGUGACAGAUGAACUCAGAGACAGAGGCAGGAUAUGUUUUUGACCAACCAGAAGAGGACGUGGUCACACAGUAUAUGAUUGAACAGAGCCUUCUGAAAUACAACAAGCACAAAGGCUCACUCCCUAAUGAUCCUGCAGGCCCUGAAGGUGAUCCUGAUGAGGUCUUUACAGUGAUAAAGGAAGGUAAUGAGGAUGCCCUAAUAAGGCUAGCUGAGCAACCAGGAGCCAUGUCCAGAGUAGACGACAGAGGAUGGAUCCCGUUACAUGAGGCCGCAGUGCAGGAGAAGAAAAGUAUACUGGAGAUCGUCUUCUCAGCUUCCCCCCAGGGCGCAGAGCAGUGCCGGACUCUGAAAGGAGAGACACCUCUCUUCCUGGCUGUAGUGUGCGGCCUGAGGGAAAAUGCUACGUUCCUGCUUCAGAACGGAUGCUGUCCAGACCUCCAGAACGAUGACGAGGAAUCUCCACUUGUGGCAGCUAUAGUAAAUGACCAAUAUGAUUGUGCCUCGCUCCUGCUUCGCUGCAAUGCCAAGGUGGACCAAACAGGAGAUCUGGAGCGGACUGCCCUCCAUGAGGCAUCCCUCCUGGGUCUGGACAAUUUUGUUAACCUGCUACUGCAUUCCGGAGCCGACCCAAACGCAAGGGAUGUUGACAAGCUGACCCCACUGGCACUGGCUGCAGAGACAGGGCACCUUAACGUAGUGGAUGUCCUGCUACAGAAAGGAGCCAGCGUGCAGUCUCAGACAGAGGGCUCUGUGCUGUUUGAGGCGGUUGCAUCAGGUAAUCCUGACAUCAUCUCUCUGCUGCUGGACUAUGGGGCAGAGCCCGACAUGCCCAACCACAGUGGGCACCUACCCAUCCACCGUGCUGCAUACCAUGGGCAUCUGUUGGUGUUGGAACGGUUGAUCUCAGCAACAAAGAUGGAGGCAGUGAAGAAGAGUGGUAUGAGUCCCCUCCACUCUGCUGCUGCUGGGGGACACACCCAGUGCCUGGAGGUCCUUCUCAAUGCAGGCUACGACCCCAACUUCAUGCUGCACCCACGCGUGCGCAAUAAAUACGAUGACGAACGCAGGUCGGCUCUCUACUUUGCUGUAUCGAACAACGAUGUCCAGUCCACCCGUCUGCUGCUGGAGGCUGAGGCCAUGGUCAACCAGGACCCUGUCAACUGUCUACAGGUGGCUCUGCGGCUGGGCAACUAUGAGCUUAUAAACACUCUGCUGAGGUACGGUGCUAACGCCAGCUACUAUUCUCGUGUCAACACAACACACUUCCCAUCAGCACUGCAGUAUGCGCUGAAAGAUGAGGUCAUGCUGAGGAUGCUUCUCAACCAUGGAUACGAUGUACAGCGCUGCUUUGACUGUCCCUAUGGAGACAGUUCCCAUGACUACGCACCCUGGACGACCUCGUUCACCAAAGACAUGGUGUUCUGUGAGGUGAUAACAGUCAAGUGGCUGAAACACAUCUCGGCACAGGUAGUGCGCAUCAUGCUAGACUACACAGACCACGUCACCCUCUGUGUCAAACUCAAGGAAUGCCUGAAGACACAGAAACAGUGGCCUGAGAUAUGCUAUAUCCAAGAGAAUGUGCGCAGCCUGAAGCACCUGUGUCGGCUGCGUAUCCGGGACUGCCUGAGCCGUCUGCAUCUGCGAUCCCCAGCCUUCAUCAGCUUCAUGCCUCUCCCCACCAGGCUUAAGGACUACCUCCGAUACAGAGAGUAUGACAUCUACAGCAGGGGCAGCCCUGAUUGAUCAUAACAUAAUGGCACUCUCUAAGAAAGUUCCAGUUCCUUAUCAGUUUGUCUGGACCUUGUUUACUUUUGUAAGUGUGUGCCUCUUUAGUUCCUACUCGAGGAUCAACAAACAAGCAAUAUUCUCUCCCUUUUUUCCUACUCUGAAUGCAUGUCAUGUCAUAGGCAGCACAAUGUGUGUUGCUCCUAGGUUGAGCAUUUUGGGUCACUGAACCAACUUUGAUAAGCUUGUUUGGUUAAAAUUAUAUUUUUGUAUAAUUAUUGAAUUUGUAAGGAAUGACACACUUAGGGAUUAUGUGUAAUGUCCUAUUUUUAUCUGUGAUCUAUAAUAAUUGUAUUUUGUCAUUAAACAUUUGAACAGAAGUCUUA